AUAGCUAUGAGGAGGUAGCGGCAAGUAGCGGUUAGCGUUAGCUGUGUAUUUAUCUGAUGUUACUACGAACAAAUUUAGCAUAAUAGUGAGAAUUUAAACCGUAUUCGCAACUUAAAUAAAACAUGGGCAAACACAUAUGAUUGAGUAAGCACAGUGAGUAACGACGAGGCAAAAGAAGUCCCGAAGUUUUACGGUUAGCGCAACACUAGCUAUCAGUUAGAGCUAGCCAAACGUAAGUUAGCCUUGUUUAGAAAUAUAGAACAACCAUGAGUUUAGCAGUCGGUCGGGAACCCAGAAAGACUGCGGGGAACCGCAUGUCCAAACUACUGGAUGCUGAAGAAGAAGACGAGUUCUACAAGACCACUUAUGGAGGCUUCAACGAUGAAUCAGGAGAUGAUGAGUAUCAUGGAGAACAUUCAGACACAGAAGAUGAGGUGGACAGCGACUUUGACAUUGAUGAGGGAGAUGAGCCAGACAGCGACCAGGAGGAGGAUGCACCUAGGCGGAAAAGUCGAGUUGUCACUAAAGCUUAUAAGGAACCUAUAAAGGUGGCAAAACCCAAACCCAAAAGACCCUCUGAGGAACAGAAGAAGACUGAGAAAGCUAAAGUGGAGCUCAAAAGGAGGAUUCCACAAGAAUUCCAAGAUUUUAGCGAGACUCGAAAGUCUGUGCGACAGUCCACCAGUGAACAUACCCGAAAGACCAAUCUGCGCUUGCAAGAGCGCCAGGAUGCCCCUCGGAGAAGGAGAGGUGCUCAUCGUGACCGUCCCCUUACCCAGGAGGAACUGCUGGCUGAGGCCAAGAUAACAGCUGAGAUCAACAUUCGAUCACUAGAGAACUAUGAACGUCUGGAGGCAGACAAGAAGAAACAGGUCCACAAGAAGCGCCGUUUUGAGGGACCAACCAUCCGUUAUCAUUCAGUCUUGAUGCCCCUUGUCUCUCACUCGGUCUUAAAAGAAGAAAAUGUAGAUGUUGAAGGGUUGGAUCAGGAUGUUCCUCAGACUGCACCACAAAAUCCCACCACACCUUCCCAGCAGCCUGCAGGAGGCCUGUGCUCCCGAACCUACAUAACGUUCAGUGACGACGAGGCUUUCGAGGCAGCCUUUCCAUGCAGCUCACAGUCAGCUCCUCAGCUUCCCAUCCAGGAGGUUUGUCCUGUCACCCACAAGGCUGCACUGUACCGAGACCCAGUCACUGAUAUACCUUAUGCUAACACACGAGCCUUCCGCAUCAUCCGGGAAGCGUACCGUAAAUAUGUGGCAGCUCAUGGAUUUCCAAACACUUCGGGAGGGGUAACGGGACUUGAUUCCUCAGCAUCUAAGGGUGCUCGCCAGAAAAUGGUUGUCAAACAGAGUGCAGUUGCAACAUAGGCUAGUUUCAUAAAGAAUUUAGGAAAUAGGUUUGUGUGUCAUUUUUAAAUUUCUCAGUUCAGGUACGGUGACUUGAUCGAGUGGCAUGAGGGAAAAUCAAAACCAGUCACUCUCCUUCGCCACCAACACCACAAAUACCGUUUCUUUCUACAACUUUGAAAAUUAAUUCUUAUCUCCAUCUGUAUGGAGUCUCUCGCACCAGGGAUUUACAGAAAAAGUUGCAGACAUUUUGGGGAUUGAGCAGUCGCUGCGAUAAUUAUGUUACACAAUUAUUGUCAGUGCUUCAGCUGCCAGGUCAAAAUUAAAUUACAAAAACUUGAAAAACAAACAUUGGGAAACCAGAUCCGGUGGUGCAUUCUUUUAAACUGCUAAAAACUUACUUACUUGUGACGUCUCUGUGAAAGGGAGUUUGCUUUGUGCAUUAAUACCUAGAUAAAUCCAAGUUGAGUGGAUGGCUUGGCUUUGGCAUUUGAAAUAGGUUUGCAUCUGCACAUUGGCAGCUUUGAUUUUUAUUUUUUUUUAACUCCGAAGAUUUUUUUUGUUUCUAUAAAUGUACAUACUUCUCAACAAAAAAAUAAAUAUUUGAAACUUUGAAUAAUUCA